UGAAACAGUGGCUGGAUGAUCUUAGAGACUUGGCUUACGAUGUGGAGGAUAUACUUGAUGAGUUCGCCACGGAAGCUUUGCUACACGAAUUGAAGGGAGAAAAUCAAGCCAGUACAAGUAAGGUACGCAACCUCAUCCCUACUUGUUGUACUGGUUUGACUCCACAUGCUCUUAAGAUCAACAUUAGGCUACAGUCAAAGAUCACUGAAAUUACCAAUCGAUUCAACGAUCUGGUGAAUCAAGAAGAUGAAUUGAGAUUAUUGAAAGGAACUGCCGAUGGGAGGUCAUAUAGGAAAACAGGGACUAUGGCACCAACUUCUGUAGUGACUGAGCCGCAUGUUUAUGGCAGGGACAGUGAUAAAGAGGCUCUAUUUGAACUGUUGCUGAGUGAAAAAUGUAGGAAUGCUCAACUCUCAGUGAUUCCUAUACUCGGUAUGGGGGGUAUAGGAAAGACAACUCUUGCCCAGCUUUUAUUCAAUGAUAAAAAAGUGGAAGGCCUUUUUGAUCUAAAAUCAUGGGCUUGUGUUUCUGAAGAUUUCGAUGCUGAGAGAGUCACAAAAACAAUUUUACAAUCUCUAACCUCUGAGAAUUGUAAUGGAAAAGAUCAAAAUUGGUUGCAAGUCAAACUCAAGGAGAAACUAGAAGGCAAGAAGUUUCUAGUGGUUCUGGAUGAUCUUUGGAAUGAGAAAUACCAUGACUGGACUAUCCUACGUGCUCCUUUCCUAACAGGGGCUCUGGGAAGUACAAUUGUCAUUACAACUCGCAAUGAGGGAGUUUCAUCAACGACAGGCACCGUCCCAGCUUACCCUUUGCAUGUGUUAUCAAAUGAUGCUUGUUUGUCUUUAUUCACCCAACAUGCAUUGGGGGCAAGCGAUUUUAGUGCGCAUCCAAACCUUCAAGAUAUUGGCGAGGAAAUCGUUAAAAGGUGUAAAGGCUUGCCUUUGGCGGCAAAAACCCUCGGAGGCCUCCUACGCACUAAACGGGAUCGUGAUGGGUGGAAGGGUGUAUUGGAGAGCAAGAUUUGGAAUAUACGAGAAGAGAAAAAUGAAAUUGUUCCAGCUCUUAUGUUGAGCUAUCACCACCUGCCUUCACAUUUAAAGAGAUGCUUUGCGUAUUGUUCAAUAUUUCCCAAGGACUAUGAAUUUGAAGAGCAGCAACUAGUUCUAUUAUGGAUGGGAGAAGGUCUAAUUCAGCAACAAGAAGGGGAUGAGCAAAUGGAAGAUUUGGGUAGCCAGUAUUUUUGCGAUCUAUUAUCAAGGUCCUUUUUCCAACAAUCAAAUACAGAGGAAUCACGAUUUGUGAUGCAUGACCUCAUCAACGAUUUGGCUCAGUUGGUUGCAAAAGAUAUAUGCUUUAGAAUGGAAGAUAGAAUUGAGGGCAUUAAUAGAGGACAAAUUUCUAAAAAAGUUCGGCAUUUGUCAUACCUGGGUGACUAUUUUGAUGGCCCUAAAAAGUUUGAGGUUUUUUCUGAACUCACUUGUCUACGUACCUUCAUGCCUCUUAUGCUACCUGACAUGGGGAGGUGUUAUUUGACUCAAGAUGUUCCUCUUAAAUUGCUGUCGAAAUUACUACGUUUAAGAGUGCUCUCUUUGAGUGGGUACUGCAUAGUUGAGCUACCGAAUUCAAUUGGUGAUUUAAAGCAUCUACGAUACCUUGACCUUUCUCACACUCAUAUUAGAGGCUUGCCUGAAUCAACAACCACUCUUCGGAACUUACAUACAUUGAUAUUGGAGGAAUGUUGUUAUCUAAAGGAAUUGCCUUCAAAGUUGGGGAAUCUAGUCAGCUUGCGCCACCUCAACAUUCUCAAUGCAGAUGAACUGAAAGGAAUGCCUCCUCAAAUAGGUAAAUUAACUUGUCUCCAAACAUUGUCUAAUGUAAUUGUGGGAGAAGGCAAUUGCUUCACGUUAAAAGAGUUAGGUUCUUUGUUGUAUCUUCGAGGGUCACUCAUCAUCUCACAAUUGGAGAAUGUCGUUGAAUCCAGGGAUGCUAAGUUAAUUGAAAAGCUCAAUCUUUCUACAUUGUGUUUGGAAUGGAGUCAGAACAUUGAUGAGUCAGAAGACAGAACAAACGAAUUAGAGAUACUUAACAUGCUACAUCCAAACAAGUCUUUGAAAGAGCUAGCUAUUAAGUGCUAUGGUGGUAUAGAAUUUUCAACUUGGUUAAAAGGUAAUUCAUUUCCUAAUAUGUUGCUCCUAAGGAUUGAAAAUUGUAGAAAGUGCACAUCAUUGCCACCAGUCGGCCAACUACCAUUACUCAAACACCUUUUCAUUAAAGGCAUGGCCGGUGUGAAGAAUGUUGGUCAUGAAUUUAAUGGGGAAGGUUGCUCACAAGCCUUUAGAUCUUUGGAGACUUUGCAUUUCGAGGAUAUGGAAGAAUGGGAGAAUUGGAGCCCUAAGGGGGAGUUCCCGCACCUGCGUGAGCUUUCUAUUAAAAAUUGUCCCAAGCUGUUGGGGACGUUACCAAACCACCUUCCUUCACUACAAAAUAUUGUUAUAAAAAGAUGCGAGCAAUUGGUUGUUCCAAUCCCAAGCUUUCCGGAGCUUUGCAAACUAGAAAUUGAAGAAUCAAAAGGGGUGGUGCGCAAAGGUAAGGUGGACUUCACCUCACUAGACUCUAAGUCUCUAUCAACAAUUUUAGAAUUUAGAUGUCCAGUAGAAAGGUUUAUGAAUCUAGAAGAUCUAAUAAUUGAAAAUUGUGAGGAGCCAAUGCCUUUAUGGUCAAAUGAUGUUGGAUUACUACAACCCCUCCCCCGUCUUCGUACAAUGCGGGUUUUCAGAUGUCAAAAACUAGUUUCUUUGGUGGCAGAAGAAGUAAAAGAGCAGCCACAACAGGGUAUGCCAUCCACACGCAGUCCCAUAGAAUCUUUGCCAAAGGCAGUGGUGUACAACAGCAUGUUUCUUGAGCGGAUUGAUAUUAAUGGAUGUGAUUCGCUGACGCACAUUGCAAUAGGCCAGCUACCUCCAACUCUAAAGCGCCUAGGGAUAUAUUCUUGCAAGAAUAUGGUGAUGUUGGUGGACGAGGAUGAUACCAGCAGCAGCAGUAGCAUCGCAUCUCUUCUUGAGUACUUGGAUAUUGGCACGUGUCCAUCGUUCAAAUCCUUAACAUCUAGCGAAGAAAUUCCUGGAACACUUAAACACCUCAACAUUACCAAUUGUAAAAUGCUAGAGUCAGUGGCGAAAACGUUCCAUCACAGCUCAUCUCUUGAAAAAAUUUAUAUUUGGAUUUGUGAAAACCUUAAAUCCUUACCCAUGGGCAUACACAGCCUUAGCCAUCUACAACAUAUUCAGAUUUGGAGAUGCUCAACUCUUGUUUCCUUCCCGGACGGAGGGUUGCUUCCUCGCAACCUUAGAACGCUGUGGAUUCAAGAUUGUAAGAAUAUGCAGGCCCUACCCAACUUCAUACACAACAUCACCUCUCUUCAAGAAUUGUGGAUAGAAAAAUGUCCAGGCAUUGUAUCCUUUCCGGACGAAGGUUUUUCCCCCAACUUAACAUCACUUAAAGUCAGAGAUUGCAACAUAACUGAGGCCUUGCUUGAGUGGGGAUUGCACAGACUUACCUCUCUUCAACAUCUUCAAAUCAGUGAUUGCAACAUAACUGAGUCCUUGCUUAACUGCGGAUUGCACAGGCUUACCUCUCUUCAACAUCUUGAAAUUAGCGGUGGAUGUCCGCAUCUGGAAUCCUUUCAAGAGAUGAUGCUGCCUGCCUCUCUAACCACCCUCAUCAUCAGUAACUUCCCGAAUUUGAAAUACUUAUCUUCCAAAGGCCUUCGAUACCUCUCCUCUCUUCAAACUCUGAAAAUUGGUUGGUGCGAAAAGCUGAUGUCCUUUCCAGAUGAUGGUCUGCCUCCCUCACUCUUGCAUCUUCGCAUCAUUUGCUGUGAAAAGUUCACAUCCUUUCCAGAGGAUGGUCUGCCUGCCACACUCCAGCAACUUCAUAUUGCAAACUGUCCUCUGUUGAAAGAACGCUGCAAGAAAGAUCAAGGACGAGACUGGAACAAGAUAGCCCACAUUCCUUGCGUUAAAAUUGAUGGUAACUUCAUCUAUGACCCAAAACCAGAAGAGGAGAAUCAGACCAUGGAUCAAUGGAUCCUAGAAUUUUUUUUUGAAGAUUCGUAAGACAACUCUUUUGGUUGGGGCUCUUCUUUGAUUUCCCAUGCAUUUUGGGUCUCCUUCACAUAACGGAAGGCUCCUUUGACUGUCUUCUGAAUGUUGCCGUUGGAAAACUCUCUUGCUGCUGUUAUUGUCGGUCUGGUGAACGUGCGACUAUUCUUGUUGGAGUUAACGGUAUCACAAGUGUUUGUUAAAAUGCCCAAACGACCAAGCAGAGAGAGAAGGCUUUCGACCAUUGAGUUUUUCACCACUAAUUGCAUGUUGCUGGUCAAUACAGAUUUGCGAAUCAUUACAAAAAGAUUGUAGGGUGGCCCAAAGUUCAUCUGAAGCUGCCGAGAGCAUCAAAACAGAUUAAGCACUUUUAUAAAAAUUUCCUGGACCCAAAGGGAAGGGGUGGCUCAACCGGUUAUGACAAUGCGGUUGCAUUGCCUGCUGGAGCCAGAGUAGAUGAGGAGGAGCAAGAGCAAGCCCGAGACAGGGGAGGUGAUUGGAGUUUUCAAGAGCAUCCAGAUUUGGGUGCCAAGGCCCCAAAAGAUGUGAAGAUCCAGGGGAUCAGAUUGCAAGAGCCGUGGACUUGAGAAGCUAACAAUUUUAGAUCAUCGAGGGCGGGCCAAAGUUCUUUUUAAGCUGUUGUUACAAUGGAGGUAGUCAUUCUGUUUUGGAUUUGUACUCGGUUAUUCUAUCUCUUGCCCAUGCCUACUCUCUUCUUGAGAGGGACACAAGUGCACAAGAGGAUAAAGAUGUGAUAAGUUCAAGUGUUAGUAGGAAUAUUUGUGGACGAAUUUGGAGUCCUAUUUUUCAAUAGCCUUUUUAAUCCUAUAAAGCAAUCUACUCAACCAAAAGCUCCAUGGAGAACGAGAAGAGUAUUCGAUUUGUGAAGAAAGUGCCUCUGUUGGCUUGAGAAAAAAGAGGAAGAACCUUGUAAAUCCCAAACUCCGAGCCUAAAUGCCAAGCCAGGAGCAUAUGUACUUUUUGUCCAAUAAUAUGGAAUCACACCCUUGUAGGUUGAAGCCGAAGUUUUCAAUGUUGAAAAUGUUGAUCAUGGAAAGAAUACUGAUGGUAAGGUCCGUGAGGAUGAAGAACGUGAAGGGAUUACAUUUUGCCAAGAUGGUGAUUACGAAUAUGAAGAGGUCAUAGGCUACAAAGGAGAUUGCCAUUGCUGUAUUGCUGUUUUGGAUUUGUACCCGACACUUGUGCCCAUUCCUACUCUCUUCUUGAGGGAGGCACAGGUGCACAAGAGGAGGUGCCUAGAAGGCGGAGUAAUGAUGUGAUCAAUUCAAUUGCUAGUUAGGAAUAUAUUUCAAUCUGUUUGGGGCAACUGAGUUUGUGGAUUCCCUGGAACUAAACAAGGAUUCUUAGGUCCUGAAGCUUGUUGAUGAAAGCAAAAGCAAUUUGUGUAUGUAGUGUGGAAAAGCUUUUGAGAAGAACCAAGGGUCUCUUGCAGUAAUUGGAAACAGCAGAGCAAAAUUGCAGGCUCUCUUUUUACCUUUUUACUGCAAACAAUUGGGAUUGACUCGAGUUAUGCUGCCUAUGCUUAUGGAAAAUUGCCUGGAAAAUAGCAACGCAUGAAUCUUACAUAAACAAUGAAUGAGUGGGAUCUCUGCUUUGUGGUUCAUGACAAACGUUUAAAAUGUCGAGUCCUAAUUUUUUUCCAUGUGUAUUGAGAACUCUAGUGGUGUUGUUGGUGUAAAUGGUUUCUAAUGAAUGAGCUGACGCAACGAGGGAAAACUUAGUUGUUCAUUUGAAAUUUGAUAUUUCUUGUGAUGA